UUUCUUCGCUUGCGUACCGCUGUUCGGGGCAGUUUCGAUGCCCAGCGUAAUCCCUCAGCGCAUGUGCUUGCAGGCCCUUUCUUUGCCCGCGCAACCCUUGCCAUGAACUUCUGUACUUCCACAACAGGCGCAGCAUAGCCUGUUUAUCAGGUUCAAGCCAGUUGUGAACGCUUUUUAUUACAAACGGCCAAUUCUGUGCCUCACAAUCGCGCGUUAGGCACUCUGGAGACGCCUCAUCUGGUCCUUAGUUGCUGAUAAUACUCUUAGGACAGCCUUGAGCGCCCAGGCGUGAGCGCGUUGGGCCAUGGAGCUCCCAGGCGCGGGAAGCCUGGACAACCUGACCGACUUUGAUGGCCUCCUUGACUCAUACCUGGGCAUUAAUUCCUCAACAUUAAGCCACGGCGACCCCAAUGCGGGAGUAGCCGGGGUUGGGCAGCAUCGCUUUGGCGCUGCACAACCCCAGAUGCAACAGGCGCCUACCGGAAAUGCCGGGCUCAUGAUGCCUAAUGCACGUAUGCAAGCUCCCGACGGCAUGAUGGCGGCGCAGGGUAUGGUCAACCCGGGCAUGCAGGGCAUGGCCGGGAUGCAGGGCAUGCAGCCCGCGCAGCCGGUCAAUUCGAUGGGCAUGAUGGGCAUGCAGGGCGCCGGCGGCAUGCCCGGAAUGUCCAACGGCGUAAUGUCCACCAUGGGUAUGGCGGGGCUGGGCGCGCCCGGCGGCAUGCACCCGGGCGCUGGCGGCAUGCCCGGUGUCGGCACGAUGGGCGCGGGGAUGGGCCCCGGCGGCAUGCCCGGGAUGCCUGGCGCCAUGGCUGGCAUGGGCAUGGGCAUGGGAAUGCCCGGCAUGGGCGCAAUGCCCGGCAUGCCAGGCAUGACCGGGAUGGAGUCGUUGAUGGGCAUGCAGCAGGCCAACGCCGCGGCCAGCAUGAUGGCGCAGCGCAACUCCAUCACCACCAUGACACCCGGCUACGGCCUCGCCGGCGCGCUGCCGGCAGCCACCCUGGCGCAGCAGCUCAACGCGCGCGGGAUGGCGGCAAUGCCGGGUGCGGCGGCGCCCGCGCCCGCCAUGCCAACAACGACCGCCGCCGGAGGCGGCGGCGGCGGAGCCGGCGCCGGCAAGUCGGGCGGCCGGUCGCGCGGCCGCUCCGCGGGCCGCAACGCGCGGCGGAGCGAGCCCGACCCAGCUGGCAGCAGCGACGGCGAGCUGGACAGCAACAGUGACAGCGCCACUAGCGACGAGGAGGCGGCGCAGAAGACCACCAAGAAGAAGCGCGAGGGCGGCGGCGGCGGCGACGACGCGGAGCGGCGGCACGCGGCGCUGCAGGAGAAGAACCGCAAGGCGCAGCGGCGCUUCCGUGAGCGCCAGAAGACCAAGCUGCUGGAGCUGCACAAGCAGAUUGAGGAGCUGACCGGCAAGGUGUCCAACCUGCAGACCGAGAACGCGGCGCUGCACAGCCGCACCUCCAUUCUGGAGAAGGUCCUGGACAUGCGCAACGAGCAGAUCCAGGUCAUGCAGGAGAACAAGGAGGUCAGCGAGGCCGAGCUGGCGGGGCUGGGGCCGGGGCAGGCGCUGGUGCCGCUGACGCCCGAGGCCAUCAAGGAGAUGUCCAGCGAGGACAUCUACCGCGUGUACCAGACCUACGUCAAGGAGCUGUCCGUCAGGCUCACGGCCAUCGCCAGUCGCAAGCCGGCGGCCGAGAGCGCGAGCGCGGGCGGGGACGCCUCCGGCGCGGACGGCACCGCCGCCGCCGCGGCUGCCGCUGUGGCGGCCACGGGCGAGGGCAGCGAGCUGUCGGUGGCGGACGCGGCGGCCAUGUCGGACCUGGAGCGGGUGGUGCGCGAGCUGAGCGUGAUGCUGAUGCGCCUGGGCGUGGCUCGGCCGCUGGAGGCGCGCAAGUUCAUCGUGUUCAGCCGCCAGUACCUGGGCAACACCGAGCGAGAGGUCAUCGAGCUGUGGAAGAGCGUCAUGAAGCACAUCGAGCUGACACCGGAGCAGAUGCGCGAGAUCGUGGAGCUCAAGCGCAUGUUCCUCACCAAGAUCGAGCCCAUCAUGGAGGAGCGCAAGCACCUCAACAUCUCCAUCCAGACCAACCUGCCGCACGACACCUACCACACCAAAUCCUCCAUCUCCUACAUCAAGGCUCACGAGGCGGUGUCGAAGCUGCGCGACAACCUGCGCAGCGAGCAGCACGUGGUGCUGGAGUUCGCCAUCGCCGUGUUCCGGGGCGUGUUCAGGCCGCAGCAGAUGGCCACGCUGCUGGUGCGCUGCUACCCCGCUGUGCCUGACGCGCUGGGCAUUGCCAGCGCCCUGGCGGCGGAGCUGGGCGAGCCCGACUCGCCCGCCACACAGCAGCUGGCAAUGCAGCUGGGAGGAUACGCCGUGCCUGGCGCCCAGCCGUCGACGUCGGGCUCCGCCGGCGCCCCGCCGCUGGGCUCCAUCCACCCCAGCCUGGUGCCCGCGAUGGAGGCGGCGUCCGGCGGGGCCAUGGGCGCGCAGCUGCUGCUGCAGCAGCAGGCGGCGGCACACCAGCUGCUGCAGCAGCAGCAGCUGCCGCAGCCAGCCAUGAUGGCCCAGCCCCAGCAGCCGGGGCAGGCGCAGGCGAUGGGCAUGGGCAUGGGAUUGGGGAUGGGCAUGCCGCCGCCGCAGCAGCAGCAGCAGAUGCAGCAGAUGCAGCCGGGGCAGCAGCAGAUGGAUGCGGCGCAGAUGGCGGCCAUGCAGCAGCAGUACAUGCAGCAGUACAUGCAGCAGCAGCAGCAGCAGCAGAUGCAGAUGGGCCAGGCGGGGCAGCAGCAGCCGCAGCAGCAGCAAAUGCAGAUGGGCCAGGCGGGGCAGCCGCAGCAGCAGCAGGCGGGCAUGUUCGCGCAGGGCUCGGGCGGAAUGCCGGGAAUGCCCGGCGCGUAUGGGCAGUAGUGCGCCUGCCGCCCGGCGUGUGUCUACAGCUACACCGGCUCGCGUUCACUUCUUCUGCAUGCAUGAGAGCUGCUGCAUGGGUGGUGUGUUUGUGUGCGAGUGGGGUAGCUGUUGCCAGGGGCAAAAGCGCGGUGGUGUGUGGUCCGGCACCCAGAUUGUUGGUGUUACGUAUGCCGCGUACCGCAAUCAGCGACUACGCGCUGCUGCUGUACACACAUGGCAAGGUAGCGCCGAACGCAUGGCUGGCUUGGAAGUCAGGAUUUGUCACAGUGCAGGAGACGCUUAGGAUUUGCCGCUAGGUGCGUUACUGCCGCUUUCGGCAUGACGGGUUUCGGUGGGGCAGUGAUUGUUUGUGCGGGCGGAGUGGGUAGAAGUCGGCAAUUUCUCGCAGUCAACCCGAGUAUGGGCGGUUUCCUCGUCGUCGCAUUGGGUACGAGAUUUGGGGCGCAGGCAGGACAAGGCUGAGCCAGGACCCGGCAUCGAUGGGUUUGCCCAGCUUGCGAACCAGUUUUGCUGGAUGCCGUGAGGCAGCGUGUACGUGUUGACACGCAAGCGCGGACCCCACCGCCUUGUGACGUGGUCCACGACGCGCAAGGCCCGUCCUCCAAAUCGAUGCACUGCAUGAACUGCACCAACACAGCUCUUCAGGGCUGGUGGCAAAGAGGAUCGGAAGUCAAACCUUGUGGUUGUUCAUUGUGCUUCUCGUGAGCGAUCUACUACCGAUAUGCCGCGUUUGAGCCUGAUUUUGCGAGAGGAGGAACACAUUUGUCGCCGAGACACGGUGAUGACCAGCUAUGUUUGCAUAGCUGUGGGAUCUUGGAAGUGGCCAUCAUGGCGCAAGGUUGACGGCCGGUGGAAUAAUGGUGGCGAUGUGAUGAAGCCAUUGCGCUUGCGUCUGUUGAUGUAGGUAUUUCACGGAUGGGUAAGCGUGGACCCGACUAGAAUGCGAGCCCGAUCAGGGUACGACAUUACUGCUUACAUUCGUGCAGGGGGUGAGGAGAUGCCCAGUAUGUUUAGUAAGCGCGGGGACGGGUUGUGGCGUACCGGGGCUAGCGGUUGGAUCUAAACUUGAAAGGCCACUGAUUUAACGGGCAACCGAGGCGCUGAGCUGGCGCGAACCACAUAAUAACAUUGACCAGUUGAGGAGUGGGCAGCGGCAAACUCUGCUGGGGCUUCUCGCAUUGGCGCAGUAUGUAAGUCCAAACCCGC